AUGUUGGGAAUUCAGAAAUGGACAGUCAAUGAGCCUUAUAUCGACAUAGCGGGAACAUUACUCGAGGGCCCCUACCACGAUGUAGCUAACAACGAGUUUCGCUUUGUGGAUAUCUGGGACCAUAAACUUUACCGUCUCGAUCUGGACAAGGGGCCAGAAUCUCUCAAGACAAUCGAUACAGCCGCGGCUAUCGGUGUCACCGCCAAUAUUGCUAAUGCGGAGGCCGAUCAACUGAUAGUCGGUGCCAAGCUUGGAUUUGCCCGCCUGAACCGCACCACCGGGGAACUGUCCUACAUCCGCGAAGCUUGGGGCGAAGAUGAUGGACCGGCGAAAGCAGAAAUUAUGCGCUUCAACGAUGGCGCUGUCGAUAGUCACGGCCGUUUCUGGGCGGGGGCCAUGAACGAUCCUAAGAUCAAAUCCCCCGGCCCCGAGGGAAUCCUAUUCAGAUUGGACCCAGACCUGAGCCUGCACCGCAUGCUCGCCCCAGUGACGAUCCCCAAUGGAAUUGGCUGGAACGACGCCGAUGAUACAAUGUACCUAACAGACUCCCCGACAGGCAAGAUCUUCGCCUUUGAUUUCAACGCCGCAACAGGCGCCAUCAGUAACCAGCGCGUGCACUAUGAUCUCGGCGAGCCGCUCGAGCCGGAUGGGUUCGCCAUUGACGUCGAGGGAUGUAUCUGGUCCGCAAUCUAUGGCGGCGGGAAGGUGAUCCGGAUCUCACCGACCGGUCAGCUUAUCGGGCAGAUCGACCUGCCUACGCGGAAUCCGACGUGUCCCGCUUUUGUGGGCACAGAGCUGUUCAUCACUUCUGCCAAGGAUACGUAUGAUGAUGAGCGACUACCGCAAUCUGUGCGGUAUGGGGGCCGACUUUUCCGAGUUGAUGUUGGGGUCCGGGGGAAGGCCAAGAAUGAAUUCCGGUUCGAGUAA